AUGCUAGCGUCGAUGAACGGUGCGGCCGGCGGCAGCGUCGGCGGCGGCAACUCCACGCACCAUCACCAGAACGGCAAGGCUUCUGGAGGCGGCGGCGGCGGAAACCAACGGCAACACUGUUUCCUGUGCGAGUUCCCCCGUUGGCCAUGGGCCAUGUGCAACGACUACAUCGAGCCCGUCUGCCGGGGAUGCGUCAACUAUGAGGGCGCCGAUCGGUGAUUUUUUGAUCUUUUUACGAAUUCGAUGUUGGAACAGCUCCCAGUUGCUUCUAGCGAAAUAAUGGGCGAAAAAAAAGUGAUUCAGCAGUUUUUCUCGACCUAGCUGUGAAAAGACUAUCUUCAAAAUUUAUCCGCGUUGGGACAAAAUUGAAGUUCUUGGUCCACCAAUAGUUUUCCCACCUCGUAGAAAAACCCUUUCUCAACGCUACAAGAUAGGAAUGCGCAGAAGUAGGUUUUAGUCGGGCAAAGGAACCAAUUUUUUUUUUUGCCAUUUCCAACGAAAAAUUACCAGAAAACGCCCAAACAUACAGUCAUACUUAACUUUCUGAUUUUAUUUUUCAUCUCCGGCUUGUAUGCAGGAGAUAAGAUAAGGCCUUAUCACAUCUCUUUUAUCAAAAAGCGACCAUUUCGCCACGCGUUUCACCCAAUAAAUGAUGUGACGACUUUGGCAGCGAGCCAAGGAGGUUCUUAUCAAGCUGAGGGCUCUGAAAACUGUAAACAUGGUAUUUUGAACUUUGAUUAGUUGAGGGUGAGAAAAAGUUGGAGUAGUUUUCGGCGUAGAGGUUUCUUUUGAAGGUGCAACCGACCUAAAAUGGCUUGCGCCCAUUAGAAAAUUUCAAAAAUAUCGAGAAUACCUAUACUUUUGAGCAGUUCCAUUUUUUUUUCACAGUCUCUCGCGAGCGAGAGUUAAAGAAGCGCAGACAAAUCAGAUAGAUUCAAUUCAUCCCGAUGAAAAUUGAAAUUCGAAUGAUUACAGAAUCGAGAACGUGCUCGAAAAUGCGCGGCAACUGAAGCGAGUCCACGGAUUCCCGGUAGCCGAUCCGGCGCACGCAAAGCCACAGGUUUGCCAGAAAAAAAACGGACACAGUCCAUCCAACGAAUUUCAAGGUGAACAAGCCGGAGCCCCAGCAGACGCCGACGACGACGAUGGCCGCUGGUCGACUGAGCCCGCCCAGAAGUUUGGCACCAAUCCAACCCCCUCAAAUCACCCUCAACCAGUUCAAUGAGGUUGGAGCUGGAUGAUAUCAGAAUAUUUAAAGAGGAAAGGAUUAGUUGCAGCUGACUCAACAGCGAUUACUCGCCUUGGCCACCGGAAACGCGAGGAGCGUCGAGGAGAUGGCCAUGCUCCAGCAACUGCGACAGACACAGCUCAAUCCGCAGUUGAUUCCCGGUAAGGUCGCAUUGGGAAUGGCUCGACGAGUUGAUGUUCUGUCAGAAUAGGCAUAGUAGUCGAAAAAUUGCUUAGGACAUCAGAAUCCAGAAAAUGAUCUGACUCUGACCAGGGGGGUAUACAGAAUCGCCUGAAAGAGUUCAAAAAGCUCUAUUUUUAUCCAAAAGUCCGAUAGCCGAUACAAGUUGAACGAUUAAAGUUCAAACUCUAAACUAUCCAAAGAGAGCUUAGUUUAAUGAAUGACACUUUCCAGCCUUGCACUUUGGACUGCUGCCGGCGCUUCAGGCGCCAAUCGCCACGAGCACGGCGUCGCCAGUCGCCUCAGCCGCCGUCAAUCAUAGGAAACGGGAGCUCGACGACGAUGUCAAGCCUGAACACUUUGCCAAGGUUCAGCGAGGUGAAUAUUUCGUUAUUUUCUGGAAUUCGAAGAGACAACAAAAAAGGAGCCAGCUUCUGUUAGAAAUGCAUGGGUUUUGAUAAGAUGAGCUUCUGUGCUCUAUGGAUAAUUUACCGAUUAGAUAUCUUCGAGAAUAGCUUUUUCGGUGAGUUUUCAGCAUGGUGGCUCAAUUAGUUUAGCUAGUGCGCUCUAAUUAACAAUAUUGUGAUCAGACAGUUUCGAAUGGAGAUAGAGCACAAUUCUACUCAAAUUCCACUGCUUCUCCACUCAACCACUAUUUCUCACCCAUUUGAGCUAUUUUUGAAUAGCCAUCUUGAUCUCACAUGACCAAUUUGGGUCAUUGAACCUUCGCCAACAAAUCUCCUUCCAAUCCAACCAAAAAACGAAGCAAAAAAGUCCGUUUUCAAUUCGAUUCCAAAUGGACGUGCGGUAUAUUGCAGCACCCCAACCACACGCGUUACGCAAUUCGCGACCCCGAAAAACGCGUUUUUUCAUCUCUUCUCCUUUUUUUCCAUUUGUCCAUCGCCGCCGCCGUCGUCGGAGAUUUCGGGGUCAUCCACCUCGGGAAAACUGGUUUUGACGGAGCGGAAAGCCGUCGGUUGCGUCGUCGUGGCGAGAGAGGUCGACCCCGGAAAGUACACGCGGCGGAAGAAGAAAAUAGAGAAGAAGAAGGAGAAAAAACCGGUUCUCCACCCACACUUGGGCCGGUACCAGCUCGUGUCGCUCUCCGUGUUCGGUUGCGUAAAGAUUUUGGUUUUGCUAAAGGUUGAUCUGAACUUCUCGAGGGGUUACGGCUUUUCCCUGGAGACUUUCUUGUCCUCGGAGUUGUUCUGAACUUCCCGAGGAUAUUGGCUUCCUCUUGAAGACUAGCUCAGGUCGAUAGAGAGAACCUUCUUCUUCUUCAGACGGUUGAUCCGAACUUACUAACUUUAAAGAGAUCUUCUGAACUUCCUGUGGAGCUUGGCUUUUGGCUUGUUAGGGGUAAUCAAUUCGAGGAGGACUGAGAAGACUUAAAGAUUAGCUCAUGUUCAGAAUUGGAGCUUGAGUUCAUCGGGAAGACCAGUUUAGGUCAAUGAGAACUUCUUGAGCUAACUGGAAAGGUCGGCCCACCUUUUCGUGUUCUGAAAAACUUUUCUAAUUUCUCGAAGAACUUGCUUCUUUGUGAAGAAUUGCCCAAAACUCGAAGCUGGCGAUUCUUGAUGGUAGGCUGUCAUUCGUUGUUUCUCAAAAUGAUGUUCCUACUAGCUUUUCUGCAAGCCUGAGCUUUCAAUCACUCCAUCGCCGUUUUCACUUGUUCGAACCAGCCAAAGUGCUAGGUGUCGGCCAGAAAAAUGUUGUUGUCAACACGCGUUUUGGGCGAGAAAGUGACCCAUAUUCCGGGGCGAGCGGCGAGUACAGAGGACCGUAGUAAACAACUCUUCUCCGACCCGAUUGAUAUCUGUGGCUGGCUAAAUUUCGCGAGGCCAGAUUUUCGGGAGAACCGGUCCAGAAAUCAAUGAGUUCGUCAACAAAGUUCACGUCAUCUUCAUGGUGUCUGUUUUGAGGGAUUCUAAUUUUUUUUAUUUGAAAGUUAUGCUCAGGUCAGAUGACCAUGUUUGAAUAGUUCAAAGAACAUAGAUAAAUACAGAAACUACUCAUUGUAUGUGUUGCUCAGGUUAGGGAAAGUUCUUUCCUUUUGAAUAAAAAUGAAUUUUCAAUGUUUUCAGCAAAUUUUGAUGAUCCGAGCAUUGGUAUGAUUGAGUCGAUUUUUGCGAACUUUCUCUACCCGUCUAACCUGAGCAAUAACUUUUUAGAAUGAGCAAUACAUUUUUUUAAUUAUUGGCAGCAAUUUCGCAAAAAAGAGACUAAAUUUAGUUCAAAACUCUAAUUUGAUCUGAAAAAAAUGAUCAAAAAAAUUGAACAGAAAAAAAGUCAAAAUUUUAAAUGAAGAGUUAAAUUUGAAUUUUUUUGGAAAAAAAGCUGGGUUCUGUAUAGUUUAAAACAGGAAUUUUUUUGUUAUUUGCUUUUUGCUUGAUAUAAAUAGAGACUUUAUGAAUGAACUUUUCGCUUUUUGAUCCAAAUUGCUUCCGAUCCCACAAUGACGCAACGCGGCGCCGACAUGAAAAGCUUGUUCCAUCCAUUUUUUUUUUUCUGUCGUUGUCUGGGUUCAAUCGCAAUCUCGAUGCAUGCCCGAUUUCCUGACCCCAUUUCCAAUCCGGAUUUAUUUGGUCGUCGAUUUUGGCGUUGCGCAAGAGAAGAGGAGGCGGUAAAUUUUCGUCUGAUUUGACCUCCUGAUGGAUCUGCGAAGAAAGAGAAAAACCGGUUCUGAAACUUUGUCUUCUUCUUCUUUUUUUGCUGCUGCUGGUCGAACUCUUCUUCUUGGCACUCCUCUUGGCCUGAAUUCCCUGCUGACCUGAUUUUCGAGCGAUUUUGUUGGGAAAUGGACGAACAUUCGAAAGAUUAGAGAGUUUUUUGAGAAGAUGGUCUUGGAAGGGUAGCGCAAGAAAAAGAGAGAUUCCUACAGAAAUUUUUUCAUAAUGUUGAGCUUUAAUACAGUGUAUAAUUUUUUUCUUUUUCGAGAUUGUCUAGUCAUUUGAGAUUGCUGAAUCUCACUGAAAAGAUUUCUCAACAAACCGUAGCUCAUUUCUGACGUAUUUGAUUACAAAUAACCAACGUCAAAACCGCAGAAAUGAGUCUUCAAAGUACACAAACCUUUUUUUUCCUCAAGAAAUUUCCCUUUGUUUAUUUAGUUACUUCAACGAAACGAAAAAGUUACUGCUGCCAGGAACCUUGACAAACUUUUACAGUUUUCCCCGAAACUGUUUGACUAGGCCGGUUUACCUCUCGAUAUUUCCGACGUUUUUUGUUUGUCCCCAGCUUUUUUCUUUCCUUUUUCUUGAGAGUUUCAGCUUUAAGGGCUCUGAGAAUGAGUUUGGAAAAGUUUUCAGCGAAAAAGAAGACCUUCGAAAUGACCUUUGAAGUCGCCCGGCGCUACCUGGCACCAUUGAAUUGGAUGAAUAAGAAAAAAAAACUUUUUUUUAGCGGAACCUUUUUUUCCAUGGGCUAGAAAUGACCUUCACACCUGGCCACUUCUUCGUCCCCGAAAACCAGUAUUAUUAAUAGUGCUACUGCAAAAUAAUUGGCCUAACCUUGUGCGUUCGGUGCAUUUUCUUUUCAAGGUUUUUGGGGGCCUCUAUGUAAUAAUAUUCAUAAAAUGGAAGUUUUGGCUUCUUGAACGCUUCGAAAUUGAGAUCUAUAAAAGAGAAAGAUGGGUUUUUGUGUAUUUUGGAAGAGACCGUCAAGAAAAAUUAGACUUUUUCUAGGAUUUUAUAAAUAUAAAAUAAAAAAAGAAGUUGCCCAAGCAGUCGACAUUUAUUAAUUAUUGGGAAACUUGUUAGAACUUUAGAAAAUAUACUUGAAAAAGAGUUUUUUUCAAGGUAGAAUCGAACCGUUUGAAUAGCUUUUUCUAGUGAAUGAAAACCCGAUUUUUCUGAAUAGUACUUGAAAAAAAUGGAUAAAAAGGCAAAGUUCUUAUGUUUGAAAUUUCAGGAGAUGCUCAAACGACCUCCGUUUCGCCGACCUCCACACACAGUCCUGACCAUCCGGCCGUCGACCGACGCCGCCAACAUCACCACUCCAACAAGUGAGCUCGAAAAAGCUCAAUAUUUUCAAUAUUCUCAACAAAAAAAAAAUAAAAAAAAUCAAACAACUUGCUUUUGCUUGAUUGACUUUAAGCCUUCAGAUCUUCAUAAUGACAUCUACAAAAAACUACUUCAAAAUAAACAGGAGUACUUUUUCAGUGAGCGGAUCCUGCGAUGCACAAUCUGCAACGAGCGGCUAGAAGACACGCACUUUGUCCAGUGCCCCAGCGUCGGCUCCCACAAAUUCUGCUUCCCCUGCUCAAGAAACUUCAUCAAGGUAGCUUUGAAAAGUCAUUUUAUCUAGUCAAAAUCCACCAGAAAUUAAAAAAAAUCUAAUUUGCUCAAGUGAUAGAUAGUACGAGUUUCUUCGAUUGUUUUUGCCAAUUUUUUUCAAUCAAUUUUAUAUGUUAUAUUAUCUUUGCUCAAUCGCUCAUGAUAAGAUUCGUAUCUAUUUUUUGGUUUUUUCUAAUAAUAAUCUGCCUCAUUUGGAAACACAUUAGUUUCUCAAUAUUUUAAUCAAAUAAACUGUUUCCAGGAGCAGAACAAGAGCGCCGACCUGUACUGCCCGUCGGGCGAAAAAUGCCCCCUGGUUGGCGCGGCGAUGCCCUGGGCCUUCAUGCAGGCCGAGAUCGCCCAGAUCCUCGGCGACGAGUACGAGGACUUCAAGAAGGUCCGCGAGAACUCCGGCCUCGUCCAGUCCUCCGCCAACAACAACAACUCCGUCUCGGCCAAUCAGAACCAGGUAAACUAGAUAGAUAUUUAUUAUGGAUAAAAUUUUUAUUAAUUAGUUCUAACUUUCUAUGGCGUCGAGCAUAUUCUUUCAAGUGUUCACAGAUUUGUGCCAUGAUCAACUUGGUUUUAAAUAUCUACUUAUUAUGGUUCUAUGUUUCUUUUCUUACACAAAAAACUUUUUUUUUUCUUCACAGGUGGGGUUAGUUGAUCCACCUAGUGGUCUUUUUCCCUCCCUGCAACAUCACCAUACCAUCCCGAUGUUGCGAAAAAUAAACAAAUUGAAUUGAAAAAACUUUGGAUUUUUCUUGGCUCAGUAUGGGAGCAGAUAAUAUAAAUUUGUACUCAAUUUUUGGAAUAUCUGGGAAAAUUUCUUUUACAGGUUUUUGACGUUUUAGUCGUCACUAUAGUAAUCAAGUUAGUGGCCACUUAAGGGGUUCAAAAUUAGUGGCCACUAUAGAGGUCUGAGUGCUACUAUUAGACCACUAAAAAUUUUAGUGGCCACUUUAGGGGUCAAUAUCUCAACAUAACUCGUCCAAUCUGUAUGUUUUCUGGAAGAUUAUUAUCUGGAAGGAAUACUGGAUGAAAAACUACUGAAGUGGCCACUAAAACGGAAAAUAGUGGCCACUUUAGUGUUCCCUCCAAAUAGUCUUUGGCGAGCCUUCAUAGUGGCCUCUUAAAAUUUUCCCAGAUCAUUUUUUUUUACUGAAACCAUCUUUUUCAUUGUUUUUUUAAAUAUGAUUGUAAGUAACCUCAUCUUCAAUGAAUUUUUGAAGAACACGAUCACAAAAGAUAUAGAAAUUCACUUAAAUCGAGAAACAUUUAUCGAUUUUAAGGAAAAAUAUCAUUUUCAAGCUCAUCGCUUUUCAAAAGCCAUUUUCACUGGAGCCUUAUUUUUGUUACUUUUCAACUUUUCAAGCUUCUUCCCCUGGAGUUUUCGUUCAAUAAACGAGUUAAGGAUCUCGAAAGUUUUGGAAAAAGUUUCUAAUACCUUUGAAGAAAAACCAAAAUUUGAAAUUUUUCCAAUCAGUUUUUUCAACAAUCAUUAUUUGCAGGCGGCCCAGCAAUCGUCGCCCGCUUCAACGACGACGUCAAACACGUCGUCUUCCUCCGUAGCCACUACACCUAACGUCGUCAAUUAG